GGAACUUGGUGGGUUGUUUCGUUCAUGGCUGACUCAGAUGACGAGCGAAGAAAGCUUGUCGUGAAUCAACCGUAUGAUGAAGCUCUUGAAGUAAACGACGACGAAGAAGUAGCCAGUACAUUUACUCCAAGUCCUAGACCCGCAGGGGGUAAAUCUGGUGGAUAUAAUCCAGGAAUUGGAUCCAUCUCAAUGACUGACCAGAGUGAUGAUGAGUUUGACCAUGAUGACCUAGUUGAAAGGAAGGAGCCUCCAGCAGGAGGAUAUUCCCGGCCACAAGAGGCUUUACAGGGGGUUAAGGAGAGACCUGGGAGACCAACUGGCCAGGAAAUACCUACUCAACAAAAUGAAGAUGAUGAUGAUGAUGAAGGUGAUGACCAGAGUGAUAGCUCUGAGGAGGAUGAUGAUGAGGAAGAUGCGCAUGGAACUGCACUGGAGGGGGCCUAUGACCCAGCUGAUUACGAACAUCUACCUGUGAGUCAGGAAAUCAAGGAACUUUUUCACUAUAUCACUCGGUAUACUCCACAAUCAAUUGAUUUGGAACAUAAAUUGAAGCCAUUCAAUCCUGAUUUUAUUCCUGCUGUUGGAGACAUUGAUGCAUUCUUGAAGGUUACACGACCAGAUGGUAAACCAGAGACUUUAGGAUUGGUGGUUCUUGAUGAACCAAUGGCUAAUCAAUCUGACCCAACAGUGCUGGAUCUUCAAUUAAGAACUAUUUCCAAACAAACCAAUCUAAAAGCCAUGACUGUACGCAGCAUUGAAGAUCCAGAAAAGAAUCCUAAAGCUGUUGAUAACUGGAUUGAUAGUAUCAGGGAAUUGCAUCGUCAAAAACCAGCUCCAACAGUCCAUUACCAAAGGAAUAUGCCUGACAUUGAAUCUCUUAUGCAAGAGUGGCCACCAGAAUUUGAAGACCUUCUGAACCAGGUUGGUCUUCCAACAGCUGAUUUGGAUGUGGAAUUGCAUCAAUAUGUUGAUCUUAUUUGUGGAAUCCUUGAUAUACCAGUGCACAAUAACAGGAUUCAUGCCAUGCAUGUACUGUUUACAUUAUUCUCAGAGUUCAAGAACUCACAGCAUUUCCAUCAAUUGGCCAAAGACAACCAGAUGGCUAAUGAGAUGAAAGUGGACAAUGGUGAUGGCAUUGGAGGAAUGACUGCUGCAGCAGAGCACUUGACUCUGGAAGGAGGAGAUACUCAAACCUUGAGCUUUGAUUACUAGAACAUUAAACAACAUUUUGUGGAAGCAACAUUGCAUGCACACUCUCGUGUAAAUACAAGUACAAGAUGGGCUUUUUCCAUGAUAGAACUGAAUGCAUAUAUAUCUUUGUGCACUCAGAAGCUUGCUAUGACAAAAUUAUUUAUGACAUGUAAUUGGCCUCUUUUUCAAAGCUAGGCCUGGUGCUCAACCAUUCCUAUGAAAAUGAGUUCAAUUUACUUGUGAACAAAAACAAGAGAGGCCAAAGGUAAUUCAGAAAUGGGCUAUUGUAUGUACCCCAUCUCCUAGUUCCUAGGCAUAGUCAUAGGCUUCAUACAUGCACUCUAGACCCUCAGUCAGCAGUGCUUUGCAAUUCAAGACAUAAACAAACCCAAAUUUUCAGCUCCAUAUUUCUCUGCAUGCCUGAGUAAAAACACUUAUUUGAGGUCUUAUAUUUUACUUUUUUGCUUGUGUUCUCGAGAAGUAAUGUGCACCAUGAAUUUUGGAGUAUUGCUGCCAUCUUCAUCAUGUGGAGAUGCAAAAGCUUUGUUUUAUUUCUUUUUCCACUCAUGGUAGUAUGGUACAUGUGCAUUAUUUAAGAUUUUCAGAUAUUUUGGUUCAACACACUAACAUUGCAAUUUAAGCAUGACUGUUUCCAAGUUUAUAUUUAUUGCACUUUAGUUGUGCAAUGUUGAAACUUUGGGUGAAAGUGGCUGUGUAGGGUACUGUAAAUAAAACAAUCAUGUACCCAAUGUCUUCUCACUAUUACUGGUACCUACAUGUAUGUAGGAUGCUUGUGGUAGUUAUUCCACCAGCUCUUCAUCUAUCUACGAAUGUGGCUUAUAUUACUUUCUACACACUAAACCAGGUAAACUAGAAGGGGAAAUAUUUAUUAAAGGUAGUAAUUUAAAUUUCUAGUGGAUUCAAGCCAAAUUCCAAAAGAAGCUGUUUAUUUUUCUCCUGUAUCUCCGAUGAUUCCAUCUCCCAUCGUGCCCUGGCAUCCUCAACUUUAACAGCCAUUCUAUCAAAAGCAUCCUGUGAAGAAUGUGUUAAAAGAAAUGAAUAAGUACACCACAUAGCAUUCACUGUAAACGCCAUUCUUGUGUUGUUUGUACUAUUGUACAUAGCCAUGUAGUUUG